CUUUGUAAGUUUUUACAUGUGUUUUUGAAGUGUUGUACUUACAUUCGAUGCAAAAAUGUGGCCACAAAAAGGAAUGAAAACUGACCACUGCCCAUGUUGUAAAGCGUGCAAGAGCUGCUCUGGAUUUCAAAAACUUUUAGAUGCACGAGAGGCGGGUUUUGUUCUUUACAGGCAUACCACGCUCGUGAAGGAUAUUGAUCAUAAAAAGGGCGGUAUCCAAGUAGUUACUGAUUCUAUUAAUGAUGUAUUUAUUCUGGAAAACAGACAAGGCAUUGCAUUAGAAACGGUAGACUUUACUCCUGAGCUCGGUAAUUUCAUGUUUCUUUUGCGUAAUAAAAUAAAAAGUUAUGACGUAAAAUUGUUGCGAAUCGGGAAACAUCUCAUACCAAAUACCUAAAUCUGUCUAGUACCAAAUAAUUACAUCUGUGACUUUUUAAUGGUGUUAGGCCAACAACCGUCUUCUAUUUGUUAUCGUUAAGGAACAAC